GACACAUGUUCACAUAAACUCGGCUCAACGAAGCUCCUGAAGCUCCUCAUCAUCAUCCUGCUCUGUGUGUGUGGCCUCAUCUGCCUCCUCACACUGCUGCUUGCCUUCACAGUUCAUUUCUCUUCUUUGUAAUGUGUAAGUGAUGCUGGUGUGUAACUGACGCUGGUGUGUAACAGGUGUGUAACUGGUGUGUAACUGACGCUGGUGUGUAACAGGUGUGUAAGUGGUGUGUAACUGACGCUGGUGUGUAAGUGGUGUGUAACUGACGCUGGUGUGUAACUGACGCUGGUGUGUAACAGAUGUAGUGGAAGAGUGUGUGUGUGUGUGUGUGUGUGUAUACAGAAUCAGUGUAAUUGGAGGAGUGGUACUUUAAGAGUUAAGUCCUUCAGCAGAUGGUGUUGGAGUGUGUUUUUUGGUGCAUAUGUGUGUAUAUAUAUAUGUGUGUGUGUGUGUGUGUGUGUGUGUGUGUGUGUAUAAAUAUACACUCUCUCCGUGGGUUCCUCAGCUGUUGCUGUAUUUAUAUAGAAGAAUAAUCGGGAAUGGGCUGCUUGACUCCAGUGACUCCGCCCCUCUCUCCGCCACAGAGGUUUCCAUGGCGACCCUCAACCCCCUUGUUGCUGAAACAAUGGAUCGCCGCGCCGUUGUUAAUGCCACGGCGACGAUAUCGUAUAUCAGCACGGGAGCUUUCCAUCCAGAAUCACCUUCCACUGACCCUUUAAUGUCCGACUCAUCAUCAUCAUCAUCAUCAUCAUUUCCAUUAGAUGCCACACCUACGCCGACUGCUGAUUGGUUAAUGAGUUUUUCCACCAUAAGUGCUCUGUCGAGUGUCGAACCCACAAGCACAAACGCUGACCCUGGUGCCUGCUAUGACAUCACAGAGGCUCAGUGUCACAUGUUGCCGUAUAACCGGAGUGGCGUGUUGCCGGGGGCGAUGGUGGUGAAACGUGGUGAGAUGGAGAUGUUCCUGCGCUUCUUCACGUACCUGAACAGACUGAACUGUUACUCACACAUCAUGCUGUUCGGCUGCACCAUCGCACUGCCGCAGUGUGUCACCGAAGGGGGCGACACGCGUGUGAUUUUGCCGUGUCAGUCGUUCUGUGAGGCGGCGAAGGAGGGAUGUGAAUCUGUUCUUCAGAUGUUUAACGCCUCCUGGCCUGACUUCCUGCGCUGCUCACAGUUCCUCAACGUCACCACGGCAACACCCGGAGUCACGCCCACCUGCUACACCCCGCGCCACGCCAAGGGUCGGGCCUCUGUGUGUGGAGGCACUGACAGCUUCCUCUGUGCAACAGGAAUUUGUGUCCCUCAGAAACUGGUGUGUAACGGGUUUAACGACUGUGAUGACUGGAGUGAUGAAGCCGACUGUGUGUGUUCAGAAAAAGAGUUCGGUUGUGGUACUGGCCGCUGUGUGAACGUGUCUCUGCUGUGUGACGGGUAUGACGACUGUGGAGACCUCAGUGACGAGCACAACUGCAAGUGUGACGCGAUGAAGGAGCAUCGGUGUGGAGAUGGACGCUGCAUUCCGCUGGAGUGGCUCUGUGACGGAGAUCACGACUGCCUGGACAAGAGCGACGAGCUCAACUGCUCGUGUAAAGCGCAGGGCUUGUUGGAGUGUAAAAACGGACAGUGUAUCCCCAGUGCCUUUCGCUGUGAUGGUGAGGAAGACUGCAAGGAUGGCAGCGAUGAAGAAAACUGCACAAAGCAGCUGCUUCAUGGCUCGUGUCUGCCAGGUCAGCCCAGCUGUAUUUCCACUUCCUGUUCUCUUGGUUGUAGUGGUGGUUCCUGUGAGCCGCGCAACACCAGCGCUAACUGCAGUGGCUGUGAGCCAAUCUCAUUGGAGCUGUGUAUGAACCUGCCGUACAACAUCACACGGUUUCCGAACUAUCUGGGCCACCAGUCUCAGAAGGAGAGCUCAGUGAGCUGGGAGUCCUCCCUCUUCCCUGCACUCGUUCAGACAAACUGCUACAAAUACCUCAUGUUCUUCGCCUGCACUGUCCUCGUGCCCAAGUGUGACCUGCUAACACACCAGAGAGUGCCACCUUGCAGGUCUCUCUGCAGGAGCUCUAAGGAGCGUUGUGAGUCGGUGCUGAGCAUUGUGGGAUUGCAGUGGCCUGAGGAAAUGGACUGCGCUCAGUUUCCUGAGGAAGGACAAGAAAACACGCCCUGUCUUCUUCCUGACCCGGACGUAGAAGAGUGUUCACCCAGUCACUUUAAGUGCCACUCGGGGAGGUGUGUGCUCUCCUCCAAACGCUGUGACGGACACACGGACUGCGACGACGACAGUGAUGAGGAACACUGCGGUUGUAGAGAGCGUGGACUGUUCGAAUGCCCCUCAGAUAAAUCCUGCAUUAAGAACUCGAUGAUCUGCGAUGGCUUUCCGGACUGCAGCCUCCUGGAGGACGAGAAGAACUGCUCGGUGUGUAAUGAUAACGAGUUGGAGUGUAAUAAUCACGAGUGUGUGCACCGAACUCUGUGGUGUGAUGGGAGGAAGCACUGCACAGACAGCUCGGACGAGUGGAACUGCGUCUCUCUCUCCAGCUCGGUGCUGUUGGUCAGUAAGACAGCAGUGGAGUAUCAGGUUUGUGCUGAUGAGUGGAACCCGGAGCUCAGCACCAUCGCUUGCAAACAGCUGGGUUUAGGAGCUCCUCUGUCAACUGAAGCGGUGGAGGAUGUGUACAGCUCCGGGAGGAGGCGCUGGCUUCAUGUUCAUCCUGACUGGAGCCACCGUAACAACACCGCACUGCAGGGGCUUUUGGAGAAAAGAGGGCAUUCCUGUCACUCACGCAAGAAGAUUGCUCUUCAGUGCACCAGAGGCGAGUGUGGGCGCAGGCCUGCAGCACGGAUGGUGAAAAGGAUUCUGGGAGGUCGUACAAGUCGUCCGGGUCGCUGGCCGUGGCAGUGUUCACUGCAGAGCGAGGAGAGCGGCCAUAUCUGCGGCUGUGUCCUGAUCGGGAGGAGGUGGGCUCUCACGGUGGCCCACUGCUUCGAGGGGCGAGAGAGUGCAGAUGUGUGGAAGGUGGUGUUGGGGAUCAAUAACCUGGACCACCCGUCCACACACACUCAGACGCGGAGUGUGAAGAGUGUGACGGUGCACUCGCGCUACAAUCGCGCCGUGGUCGAUUAUGACAUCAGCAUCAUCGAGCUGGACAAGGACGUGCACAUCAGCAGCCACGUACGGCCCGUGUGUUUACCCGAGCCUGGACACACACUCACACCCGACACCUACUGCUACAUCACCGGCUGGGGGCACAUGGGCAACCGCAUGCCCUUUAAGCUGCAGGAGGGCGUGGUCAGAGUGAUCUCUCUUUCUCAGUGUCAGUCUUAUUUUGAUAUGAAGACCAUCACCUCUCGGAUGCUCUGUGCGGGUUACGAGGCCGGAACCAUUGACUCCUGCAUGGGUGAUAGUGGUGGUCCGUUGGUGUGUGAGGACCCGGACGGUCACUGGACUCUGUAUGGUCUGACCUCAUGGGGCUCGGUGUGUUUCUCCAAAGUGCUUGGACCCGGAGUGUACGCCAACAUCACACACUUCACCGAGUGGAUCCGGAGACAGAUCUACUUACACACCUUUCACCUGGUCUAGGACACACACACAUACACACACACACACACAUACACACACUCUCACACUGUCUCUCACACACUCUCAAACUCUCUCUCUCUCUCUCUCUCUCUCUCUGUCUCACACACACAUGUACCCUGUAAUGGAAAUGAAGAGUAGAAUGUAUGUUAUCUAAUCAUUCCAGAAGGAAGUGUGUAUGUGUGUGUGUAUGUGUGUGUGUGUGUAAGUUUAAUUGUGACUCUUUGGUCUUAGAAGUGGUCUAUGCAUUACAAAAAGAAAAAUCGAAGGCCACUUUGUGAGUGUGUGUGUGAGUGUGAGUGUGUGUGUGAGUGAGUGGUAAUUAUUGACUGUUAAAUGUUGCUGCUAUCUUUGUUACCUGUUGCCAAACUGCCACAGUAGAAAUGUUAAUGUUGAAAAGUGUGUGUGUGUGUGUGUGUGUGUGUGCGCCUGUGUGUGUGUGAGAUAUGUGUGUGUCUGUGUGUGAUAUGUGGGUUUCCCCACCUAUUAAUCUCAGUGUUAAAAUUGUGUACUUGUGUCACAUAAACUGAUGUGUAAAACACAAAAGAAAAGCUGGAGCAGAGUGUGCGUGUGUGUCCCCGUUUGUGUGUCCAUAUGUGAGCGUGUGUAUGUGAGCGUGCGUGUGUAUGUGAGCGUGUGUAUGUGUGUGUGUGUGUGCGUGCGCGUGUGUAUGUGAGCGUGUGUAUGUGAGCGUGUGUGUGUGUGUGUGUGUGCGCGCUUGUGAAUUUGUUUAGGUCUCUCACUAUUAGCCCACUGUUCUCUUCACUCUACUAAACCUGCUUUAAAGUCAUUUUACCUCUGUGUGUGUGUGUGUGUGUGUGUGUGUGUGAGGUGUGUGUGUGUGAGAUGUGUGUGUGUGUGAGAGAGAUAUGUGUGUGUGUGCGUGUCUGUGUGUGAUAUGUGGGUUUUCCCUGCCUAUUAAUCUCAGUGUUAAAACUGUGUACUUGUGUCGCAUUAACUGAUGUGUAAAACACAAAAGAAAAGCUGGAGCAGAGAGUGUGUGUGUGUGUUGGUGUGUGUGUGUGUGUGUGUGUGUGUGUUUGCGUGUGUGUGUGUGUGUGUGUGUGUGUGUGUGUUAACUACUUGUGCUUCUACACUUGUGAGACUUCACAUUCACAGCUGUUUACAUUUAACGAUGUUAAAUUUGUGUAAAUUUGUUAGAACAUGAUGCUUUUUUUAGAAAUAUAAUUUGUUAAAAAAACACUUUUUGAAUUAAAGUAGCUUAAUUUUUUUCAUAACUAAGUUUUUAUUUUUUACACAGCAAUGUUUUAGCUAGCUUUAUAUGCAUUAUACGUUUAAAUUUAUAGCUACAUAUAAAGGCACUGUUCCAGCUAUAUUUAGCAAGUUUAGUUUUAUAAGUUUAUACUAAUAGCUGUGUAUAUGUAUGUAUAUCAUUUAAAUUUAUAAUUACACUUAUAGCUACAAUUGUAGCUAUUUUACGUGUAUGUAUAGUUAUAGCUAAUGUAUGUAUUUUAAGUUUGAAAUUAUAGCUACAUUUAUAGUUACAUGUGUGUGUAUUGCAAGAUUAAUUUUAUAGCUACAUUUUAAAUAUGUAAGUCUUAUAUGUCCAAAUAUAUAGCUACGUUUGAAGAUAGGAAUAUAAGUUUAAACUUAUAGCUAAAUUUAUAACUAUGGCAUAUAAGUUUAAUUUUAUAAGCAUGUUUUAGUUAUAUGUAUUAUAAUUUUAUAUUUAUACUUAGCUACACAUGUAUGUCUUAUAAUUUCAAGUUUACGAUAUUUACAAGGUAAAAUUAAUAGCUACAUUUAGUUUUAUACUUUAAACUAAAAAGACUAAACUACUUUACUUUUAAACUACUUUAAAAAGAGAGAUUUAUUUACAGUAAUAAGCAGGACCUCACAAGUGUAUUUGUACAAGUGUGUGUGUGUGUGUGUGUGUGUGUGUGUGUGUGUGUGUAUCAUGUACACUUAUAGAUCAGUGCUUCGAGGUUUUAAUGCAACAUUCCGUCCACGAUGUUGUGUUUUGUAAUUUUUUUAAAACUAUUUUUCUACUGCUUUUCUAUGUGUGCACAUGAACCUGGUGAAAGUGUGAAAUAUAAGUUUCUGUAUUUUUAAUGAUGUAUUAUUUCACAUGUACGGCACUGUUUAGAGAUACACACCAGUAAUGUUUAAUGUUUAAACCAUGUUUAAAAAAUGAAAACACAGUGGAUUUGUAUUUCCGAAAUAAAACCCUGUCAACACAAA